CUUAGCGAAGCCUAGCUCAGUAAAUGAGGUCUCUUUACCCUUCAACCACGGCCUCUUUUUCCCACUCUGGCACCUUACACUAUCUACUACCCGUUCCAAAAUCAGUCAGUUUCACCUGGUUUUCAACACACUGAAUCGUAGCUUCGAUCAUCAUUAAUACCACAGAUCCGAAAAGAAUGGACCGCUUAAAUGAGGGCAGAAAAGGAUUAACUAGAUCCCGGUCAAACUCGAAAAAACCGGUUACCCGGUUACUGAGGUCAAAUUUAAAGAUUUAUACUGCCGACGUAUCACUAAGUCUCGGACAAUUUAAUAGCAAAUCAAAAAGAAAACAUGGUAGGAACUUGUAUGCUGCUACUCCGCAAAAAAGAGAACCCUACCAGCCACUGUGUGAACCGAUCACUCCCGAGCCGCUAGAUGAUCCACAACCGCCCAACAAAAAUCAGUAUGUAGAUUUUCAUAUUCAACUAAAUGAUAAGUUGAAAGAGAUUUUGGAUGCCUUGGUGAUCACGGGUGAAGAAUUCAGACAACGGGGUACUUAUUUUCAGAGAACGUAAUCUAAGUAAUACUAACUCCGGUCGUCUUUGAGAAAAGAGCAAGGCUACCCCAGUUAGUGUUUCUUAUAUUACGAAUGCUUUAUUUUCCUUAAGUUGAAGGAGAUGUUGGAUGCCUUGAUGAUCUCGUGUGAAGAAUUCAGAGCAUGGCAUUUUCAUUUCAAGUCUUUGAGAAUAGAGAAAUGCUACUUAUCCCAGUGCCUUUUAUAUUACGAAUGUUUUACUUCCAAAUAUAAAAAAAAAAUCUUGUAAUUUUAAGAUAGAUUUUAUCUUCUGAGAACGUUCUUCUCUUUAUACCAA